AUGGGGCACCUAAAAAAUAUUCAUAAGGCAGCUUUCCGAGAGCUUACCGAUGAUGGCUCAACAAAAAUUACGGAUUCUUUACCCUCAACAAGUUUUAAAUCUAUAAAGGAACCCACUAAAGAAGCAGAUAGAAGUGACGCCUUGAAAGAACCUGAAAAUAAAACUGUUGGUCCACCAAAACGCCAAAAAACUAUUCAAGCUAGUUUUGAAGAGAUUUAUGCUUUCUCGGCCAAUGGUGACAAAACUAUUAAAAUUAAUAAUGCCUUAGUAUAUAUGGUGUGUAAGGAUAAUCAGCCAUUUACUAUUGUAGAGAACGAAGGCUUUCGCAAUUUCCUUAAAGUGAUUGAGCCGCGUUAUAAACUUCCCAAUAAAACAACACUCACUCGUUGGGUUGAUGACAAAUACGCCGCCCUAUCAGGAAUCAUCCGUGAAAAGUUGUCGGGCAUUGAAAAUCUGACUUUGACAACUGACAUGUGGUCAGAAUCGAUGUCCAUGAGGAGCUUUCUUGGAGUCACAGCUCAUUUCGGUGUUGGCAGUGAGUUGUUUUCUAUCACUCUGGGAGUAAGCCAAUCAAAUGAACGCCAUACAUCACAACACAUUGCUGAAAUGCUGCUGAACACUUGCGACGAAUGGAGUAUUGACAAAGACCAAAUUUCGGCUGUGGUGACGGACAAUGCACCAAAUAUGGUGAAAGCUGUAGAGCUAGCCUUUGGUAAAAAGCACAUACCUUGUUUUGCUCAUAUUUUAAACUUGGUUGCACAAAAUUUAAUAGAACAAUGCAAACCACUACGCGAGUUAAUAAGCAAAGUCAAAGAUGUUGUGACGUGGUUUAAACAGAGCAACAUAGCAAGCAACGAACUCCGUAAAUCAACCUCAGACGAAACUAAAUUAAUUCAACAGGUGCCUACUAGAUGGAAUAGCACAUAUUAUAUGAUUGAGCGAUUCAUCGAACUUCGUGAGAUUGUUAACAAUAUAAUCAUCAGACACAAAAAUGCACCAGCUAUGCUGCAUGCGUCAGAACUUGCACAUCUAAGUUCAGUUCUACAGGUACUACGUCCAAUAGAAGCUGCUACGAAGGAGGUCUCAGGUGAUAAGUAUUGCACUAGCAGCAAAGUAAUACCACUUAUUCAUUGCCUCGUUUUAAAAAUUAAGCCUCUGAGCUUCGACGACUCGAUUGCCAAAGAGCUACAGUCUCUGGUUCUUAAGGAGAUUCAGAAGAGAAUGGGUGUCAUCGAAAACGUAACUCCCCUCGCUAUAGCCACGGUAUUGGACCCCAGAUUCAAGAAAAUGCAUUUUACGGAUCCGCUUGCAUGCUCUGCUGCUGUAGGAAAAAUAAAAGAUCUCAUGAAAGCCGCAGCCCACAACACGACCAAAGGUUCGGAGUCAUCGGAACUUUCUGAUAAAAAUGAGGAUAACUAUUCAUUGUGGGAGGACCACCACAAGCUAGUCCAUAAAAGUUGGAAAUUGUCAAAGGCCGAUGACACUAUUUCUGAUGAGCUGGCCAUAUAUCUACGUUGCCCAACUCGUUCGCAUGCUCUUCCCCUUGGUGUGAAACAACUGAUCGUUGGUGUCAACAAGAUGGACUCGUCCGAACCACCAUACAGUGAGGCUUGCUAUGAGGAAAUCACGAAGGGAGUAUCCUCAUACAUCAAGAAGAUCGGUACAAUCCAGAUGCUGUUGCAUUCGUGUCAAUCUCUGGAAGCAUCCACCAACACGCCAUGGCUCAAGGGAUGGAAGGCUGCACGUAAGGAAGGCAACGCUGGGGGCCGAAAGUCCCCAGGAAAUCUGGUAUUACUAUAA